GAGACCCCAGUUACCUGUAAAACCAACAAACCUUCUAAAAUGUUGUUUUUCAGCUUCUUCAAGACGCUAGUUGACCAGGAGGUUGUUGUAGAGUUGAAAAAUGACCUCGAGAUAAAGGGCACCUUGAAGUCUGUCGACCAGUUUUUGAACUUGAAGUUGGACAACAUUUCCACAGUCAACGAAGGAAAAUACCCCCACUUGAAAGCUGUCAAGACUUUGUUUGUCAGAGGCUCUACAGUCAGAUAUGUGCAUUUGAGUGCCAGCAGUGUUGACUGCACUUUGCUACAAGAUGCAUCCAGAAGAGAGGCCAUGGUUCAAGGAGGAAAAUAAUGCAAGGGAUUUUGAGCAGGGCUUAUCGUCCCGUGGCUCUGUUUUGCAUGUGUAUAUUACGAUAAUGUAUUUUUUUGUUCUGUUGAACUAGCCUGACUUCUUUGAUGUGGUGGUUCUCGAUUUAAUCUCGUAAAGCACUUGGCUCUCGAAUGGCCAGGUUUGUGACAGUAAGAGCAUGUUCUUUUCAGUCUGCUCUGGUUGUGUGCGCUGGGCUGUUGUAGUAUCGGAGAGCUUCCAGUAGGUGGCGCAACUAGGAUUCCAGGCUUGUCAACCACUCGCAGGUUUUCUGCGCCAGAUAAAUCCACAGAAAAAGCUUUGAGGCGGUCUUUGGGAACUAUGACGAAAUCAGUGUCUUGUAGCAAAUCAAAUAAAGUGUUGUUGCAAUGAGG